ACUUGAUCCUCAGGGAUUUCCCUGCCGGCUCUCAUCGAUGGUUUCCUGUCGGUUUCCCUUUUCAGGAUGUUUCUUCUGCGUUAAUCUGAGUUGCUCUCAGCUCAGAUUCUGCCCUGACCUUCAGGUGCUGCAGGUUAAUCCCGUUAGCUCCAGGCAGCGGCGGGGAAAUCUCUGCAGAUCUGUGCUGGUCGUGCUGCACUCUGGAUCUCUACAGCGCCGGCAUGCAGAACCUCUGGUAGAACACAGGAUGUUUAACUGGGUGGUGAAGGUGGUUCCUCAGCCCGCCGCGGCGCCCGAGGAGGCUGCAAAGACCUCUGCUGCGCAUGAAGCUCCAAAGAGCAAAGAAGUGAAGAAUGCGGUUCUGAAGACGACGGAGGAGGUUUCAGAGGACGGCCAGCUGCAGGCCGGAGUGAUGGGCUGGCUGUCCAACGGGUUCUCCAGCGCCCUGCCGCAGCCCCCCGGUACCGGCCGGCUCAGCCGGGCCAACUCCGACGCCAGGCAGCCAGCAGAAGAUGGAGAAAGAUCCGGAGUCAUCGGCUGGGUCACUCAGGGUCUGACUAAAGUUCUGCCUCAACCGGAUGCGAAAUACAAAGAAGAGGAGGAACCCAAAAACAACGAAGAACACACAGAGGUCUAUGAGGUGGCAACAAUGCCAGAUUACGACCCCCUUCCACACAUUCCGGUGGUGGAGAUGGUUUCGGAGGAUGAAGUGUCUGAAGUGGAGAGUUUGACUCCUCAGUUUCCACCCAAGGUGGUCAACUGGAUAAAGCAGAUCAUCCCACAGCCGGUGAUGCUGCCCCCUGGCGCCGUCCCGUCUGAACCGCCGCCCAAAGCGUCCCGCUCUUCUCUAGACAAACUUCUGUCUCCUCCACCUGAAUCUCUCAGUGCAAUCUCACUGGACACAGACAACAAGCCCUCAGGAGUGGUGGACUGGUUUGUGUCGGGACUCGGUCUGAAGCUGCCUCAGCUCGUUCUUCCACCUAAAGAUGAAGCGGAGGCUUCAGCUGAAGUCCUGAAAAAAGCUUCAUCCAAGCUCAACCCUGACAUGGUCUUAGAGGACCUGGAGUCUGACAACGAGGUCCAGCAGAAACACGAGGACCAGACCAAAGCUGCAUCCCUGAGUCCAUCCAUAAAACCGCCGCAGCGUGAAGAGGCGCCACAACCGCAGCUGAACUCCGCCGCCAGCUCCCAGAAGUCUGAAGCACCGACGGACGGCGAGCAGAAAGGCUCCCAGGAGGACGCGGAGACCCAAACGGGCCGCUGGACGCCGUUCAUCGAGAGCAUCAAGAAGGAGGCUGAGGACGUCGCCCUGGCAACCAUGGAGGAGCGUUUGCUGCAGGAGCGGAUAGAAAUGGCUCGUCUGGCGGAGGAGGUGGCGCGGCAGACGGCUGAGAUGGCCGUCAGGCAGAUGGCCAGCGAGGGAACCUCCAUCAAACUCUCACUGGAGAGUCAAGAACUCCUGGAGGAGCCCGAGGCCGAAUUACCAGAACCUCAGGAGGAGCAGGAGCAGAAGGAGGAGCAGGAGGAGGUCACGGGAGACGAAGAAGGCCUCCCAGCAGACGAGAAGAAGGAGGAGACGGAGGAUUCUGCCGUCAAAGAACCAGAACCAGUAAAGGGAUCAGAACCUGAGCCGCAGCCAGAACCAGAACCAGCACCAGAACCAGAGACCCCAAACCAAGAAGAGGCUACCGAAGCUCAGCCUGUGACCCAGCAGCCACAGAGAGCAGAAGACGCUCCGGUCAACGCAGACAAGGCUGAUGAAAAAGAAGCUGAGGCUGCUGGUGACGACUGUGGCGUUCCCGUCAGCUGCGAUGCAUUAAAGAGCUGCCUGAUGCGCUUUCCUCUCACCUCUGAAUGCUUCGGCAACAUCAACGCAUUCUUCAAAGAGAACGGCAUCUCCCCCCCCAAAAUACCCCCCAUGCCCAAACUGCCCACCCAGCUUUCCGAAGUAACCAAGUACCUCCCCUCGCUGCCCCCCGAGCUCCGCCAAGAGUUUUCCCAGAUCAGACUGACGCAGGUCCCCAGGAGCAUCGCCCAGACUCUGACCGAGCUGUUGCCCAAAGGUCCGGACGGAUCCGGGGGUCCCGGUCUGUCCGACCUGUCUCAGAGGCUGUCGGAUCUACCGGAGAAGCUCUCCCGGUUCCCCAGCCGGACGCAGCAGUACUUUGUGAACGUCCGGAACCGCCUCAACAGCCUUCUGCCGCAAGAUGCCUAAGAAAGACAAAGACCAGAACCAGCAGGACUUAGAACUGGACCGGCUCGUGCGGUCCUCCCCCCUGCCUCCCCCUCAUCAUCCUCAGCUGCGCCCCCGCUCCCCGUCUCCAUCCUCGCCUCACGGUAGCACCCUGGAGUUGCCUAACGUGCCUUCCUAUCCACGCCUCCCGCCCAUCGCCAGCUCGCCGUCGAAGCACCUGAGCUCCCCGCCGCAGCAGCUGUCCGGCCUCUCAAACCCCGCCUUCUUCAUCGAGGAUGACUCUGAUUUUUCAGCUGCAGAGAGCAUCCGUCCCGCUGUGAACGUAGAGGAUGUGGACCAUGAGAAAGCAGCAGGAGGCGAGGAGAGGAUCCACGCCUCCCAGACUCCCGCCCUGCAGGACCCCAAACUCACCACCCUCACCGUCCCUGUGAACCCCUCCGGAGGACGGCAGAGGUGAGCAGCAGCGGCUUCGGGAAACAGGCCGCGUCCGGGGAUCUGUAGGGAAGAGAAGUGUCGUUUGAGCCCACAAACACGAUGAUGCUGGAGUUUGGGAAGUUUUCUUUCCCAGGCAGGACCAGAUGGUUGUGGGAGAAAAAUGAAAGAAAAGGGAAAAUAAAAAAGUAAAAUCCAAUAUAAAUAAGUAAACAUGAAGAAACACCUUUAUAUGAAAGUUGGGCGGUCAGUUUGUGAGAAGUGUUGAGAUAAAUGUUAUUUGGUGGUUCUUCUUCUCUCAGUCAAAGGAACUCUAACCUCCGUCUUCAUCUGGUUCCACAACCUUUCUGAUGUGUUUCUCUCUUCUCAUGCUUUACAGUAAAGGAGACAAAGAGUAAGGAAACUGCAUGUGAGCUCUCAGUUCUUUUGCACAGUGAGCUUCUCUUCUGUCAUCCUAUAGAUGCACGUUUGCAUAGCAUGCAUGCAUUCAUGGCAAUAAUCUUCACAACACAAACAGAAAAUAUCAUCACCUUUUGCAGCUGUGGUUAAAAAUAAAAUAAAUUAUUCUCAUAAACUAAAAAAAUCCAGUUUUUCCUCAUUUUGAUAAACAAUACAUUACAUAGUAAAAUAAAAACAGGCACCUGAAAACCUCUGAAUGAAUCUCCUGUUUGCUGUUCCUGUUAUGUUGCUCCACCUCUUUCUCAUCUGUAUUUUAUUUUUGCUCUUCUCAGAAUCUGUAACUGGUGUCUGUUUAUUCUGUCCUGCACAAAUUCUUUAAGUUAAAGUUAAAAUGUAUGUUUUGUUUUUUGUUUGUUUGUUUUGGAUGCUAUAUUCUAUUUAAAGAGCUGCCAAAAAUGUGCAAAAACUCCCCAAAUCAUCCUGUUAAUGCAGAACAUGAAGUGUUGCAUGAAGUUAUGUGAAGUUUUUUUUUGCUUGUUUUGUGUUUCUCUGUUUUAAUGUUGUUCUCUUUUAUUUGGCUUUGUGCUUUUGGCUGCUCUGUGAUUGUUUACACGUCAUAUUUUAGCAAAAGUCAAUAAAAAAACUGCAUCCCAGCCUCUGUGGUUGAAUCCUCUCUGUGUCUGCCGUCUCCUUGGCUUUUAUUUUGCUUUUUGUCGUCUGAAUUAACGUGGUGUUUUUCCCCGACACACUAAC